AUGGCCGCUCCCCGACUUUUCCGCCCAGCAUCCCGGCUGCUCUCUUCGCGCCUCACUACCACUCCCCUGCGCCCGGCUUUCGCCCAGUCUGCUCUGCGCACUCGCAGCUAUGCCACUGAGGGUGGUGUCAAGCAGGUCACUGUCCGUGAUGCCUUGAACGAGGCCCUCGCCGAGGAGCUCGAGGGCAACGAGAAGACCUUCAUCUUGGGUGAGGAGGUCGCACAGUAUAACGGAGCUUACAAGGUGACGCGAGGUCUUCUGGACCGCUUCGGCCCCAAGCGGGUUAUUGAUACCCCCAUUACUGAGGCCGGUUUCACUGGUCUCGCUGUUGGCGCUGCCCUGGCCGGCCUGCACCCUAUUUGCGAGUUCAUGACCUUCAACUUCGCCAUGCAGUCUAUCGAUCAGAUUAUCAACUCUGCCGCUAAGACUCACUACAUGUCCGGUGGUAUCCAGCCCUGCAACAUCACUUUCCGUGGCCCCAACGGUUUCGCCGCCGGUGUCGCCGCUCAGCACUCCCAGGACUACUCUGCCUGGUAUGGCAGCAUCCCUGGUCUCAAGGUUGUCUCCCCCUGGAGCUCCGAGGAUGCCAAGGGUCUCCUUAAGGCUGCUAUCCGCGACCCCAACCCCGUCGUUGUUCUGGAGAACGAGCUUAUGUACGGCCAGGCCUUCCCCAUGAGCGAGGCCGCCCAGAAGAGCGACUUCGUCCUGCCCAUUGGCAAGGCCAAGAUUGAGCGUCCCGGCAAGGACCUGACCAUCGUCUCCCUCUCCCGCUGCGUCGGCCAGUCCCUGACUGCCGCCGCUGAGCUUAAGCAGAAGUACGGUGUCGAGGCUGAGGUUAUCAACUUGCGCUCCGUCAAGCCCCUCGAUGUCGAGACCAUCAUUGCCUCUCUCAAGAAGACCGGCCGCCUGAUGGCCGUCGAGUCCGGCUACCCCAUGUUCGGUGUUGCCUCCGAGAUCCUGGCUCUGUCCAUGGAGUACGGUUUCGACUACCUGACUGCCCCCGCUGUCCGUGUCACCGGUGCUGAGGUCCCCACUCCUUACGCCCUUGGCCUCGAGAACAUGUCCUUCCCCCAGGAGGACACCAUCGUCAGCCAGGCCGCCAAGCUUCUGCGGUUGUAA